UCCAUGACGGACGGGCUUCCAAGUGGGCCUGGGCUGCGUGGACUAGGAUACAGCCAUCUUAUUUACUUGCGCAUCCCCCAGGUCCCAAACUUCUUCUCUACCGCCCGAGCAAGACUUCGUCACCCACGUUCAUUCGCUGAAUAACUUCACUCUUUCAGGUGUUCAGCCGACAUUCCUUCGAUCGAUUUCUUCGAGUCUUAAGCUUUUCGUCCAGUUUUAUACCGGUCCAGCUUUCCAACAAUGCAGCUCACUACCUUCAUUUCCGUCGCCUCGGCCGUGGUCGCAACCGCUUCUGCUGACAGCUUGAGGAGCGCCGUCACCCUGAACAAGGACUGCGACACGAACCAGCCCCACGCUCGCAUCGUCAACCGUUGCGACUACGAUGUCAAUCUUUGGUCCGUCUACAAGGGCGACGGUUGCCCUUCAUCCGGCAUGGUCACUUUGAAGACCGGCGAGAGCUACGCCGAGAACUACGCUACCGCUGAGGACGGCAAGACUGGAGUGUCUAUCAAGAUCUCGAAGACGCAACAGUGCAAGGGUGUUGAUAUCACCCAGCUCGAGUACUUCCUCCAGACUUCGGGCGAAUACUCGAACAACUACCUUGACGUUUCCUACGUGGACUGCGAGGGCGAGGAAUGCCCAACCAGACAAGAGGGAUAUUACCUCGUUGCAGGCGACCAGACUGGAAAAUUCAAGGCAGCCUCUGAGAACACAUGGUGCCCCGUUCUGUCUUGCCAUGAUGUUGCUUCUUGCAACAAAUGCUCCUAUGUCCUUCCCGACGACGUCCAGACCAAGACCUGUGAUCUCUCCCAGAGCAUGACUUUCUACAUGUGUGGUGGAGAGGCGCCUACCGACGACUACGAAUCUUCUCCUAUCGAGUCCUCCUCUGUUGAGCCUUCAUCCAGCUCCACCAAGCAGGCCGAGUACUCCGCCGCAAAGCCUACUUCCACCUCCGCUUCCGACGAAGAUUCCUACACAGCUGAUAUCGAGGUUGCUGCUGCCGCCGUCACCCCUGCGCCCGCCAAGCAGGAAGAGAACCCUUACCAGGGUCUCACCAAGACCAAGGUUGUCUACGUUACCGCCUACGAGUACGUCAACGCAAAGAGGCACGCUCACGACCACGCCCGCCGUCAUCAGCCAUUCCACGCAUAAGCAUCCCAUGUCACUUGUUUAAUAUGGCAUCGGUGUUAAAUGGACUGGUUUCUUCAAUAUUCUACGAGCCGAUAAUUCAGGAUACCAAUUUCGCGAUAUACCCAGAAAAAAAUAGGCAGGGGAGAUUAGA